AUGUGUAUUCUUUUUUCCAGCAGUAGUGUCAGAAAAGAUGCCCUCACAGAGGCCGAAUUGGAGUACUAUGCUGAACACCUGAGUGAAAUCGGGAGUGUGGGAGAAGCAGAUGAGUCCGAGCCAUAUAGUAGUGACGACAGCGUGAAAGAUCAAAAUUUCAUUACAUCAUGUGCAUCUGGGUCAGAUGAUGAAAACAAUUAUAUGCAGAGUGUUGAGGAAGAAAACCUACCAUACAGUGGAACUGCUUUCUGAAGGUCUUUCAAAGAAGUCUAUUUCUUUAUAUUGCCCAUUGCACAAAUCAAAAGCUAGAAAUUCACGAAAAAACUAUAAAGAAAAAAAUUUAAAAAACCAAUGUCAAAAAAAUGAUGC